AUGCGCCUGUCGUCAUGGGUCUGCACAUUGUUGUUUGCUGGAAGCGUUCAUGGUGGUCAGCGCCACUAUGAAGAAAACGACUAUUUCGCCAUCCAUCUCAGGUCCUCUGCCGAUCCCUGGGACGUCGCCCAUCGCCUAGGAAUAAAGUAUGAAGGCCAGAUUGGAGAACUCCUCCAUCACCACACUUUCUCCUGUCCUAAGGGCUCAUGCCGUGACCUGGAUGACUCCCUACAAGAAUUAAAGAGACGGAAAGCUCGCAGGCGGCGUUCUUUGGACAAUGAGGCGCCUUCCUACAAGCGACUGAUAUCCCUCGACUUGGACGAUGUUCUUUGGUCAGAGAAACAGCAAAGGAGACAUCGACAUGUGAAAAGAAUCCCACCACCCCUUCACUCCACGGCGCGUUCCUCUCAGAAUUCGGGUGACUCAAAGGUGACCGAGGAACUCGACGAAGUCCACAAGGAGGCAGCAGAACGUUUAGACAACAUUGCCAAAACGCUCGAUAUACAAGAUCCAAUUUUCAAGGAACAAUGGCAUCUCUUCAAUCCUACACAACUUGGGCAUGAUAUGAAUGUUACCGGGGUCUGGCUACAAGGCAUCACAGGCAAUGGCACUAUCUCCGCCGUUAUCGAUGACGGGCUUGACAUGUACAGCAAUGAUCUUAAGGACAACUACUUCGCUGAAGGCUCGUAUGAUUUCAAUGAAAACUCUCCCGAGCCAAAGCCGUUGCUAUUUGAUGACAAGCACGGCACUCGCUGCGCUGGCGAAAUUGCUGCCGUGAAAAACAACGUAUGCGGCGUGGGUAUGGCUUAUGAUAGCAGGAUUGCGGGUAUUCGCAUUUUAUCUAAGCCGAUUAGUGAUGAAGACGAGGCAUCCGCCAUCAAUUAUCAUUAUCAGGAGAAUCAAAUCUAUUCUUGCUCGUGGGGUCCCCCGGAUGAUGGUGCCACUAUGGAGGCUCCUGGGAUCCUUAUCCAACGAGCCAUGGUCAACGGUGUCCAAAGCGGUCGAGGUGGCCUGGGAUCAGUUUUUGUCUUUGCAGCUGGUAAUGGUGCUUCUGCCGAGGACAACUGCAAUUUUGACGGCUACACCAAUAGCAUAUACAGCAUCACAGUUGGUGGAAUCGACCGGGCCGGCAACCACCCUUAUUACUCGGAACCCUGCUCUGCCCAGUUGGUCGUAACAUACAGCUCUGGCGCCAAGGAUGCCAUUCACACCACUGAUGUUGGCACAGAUAAAUGUUAUAAUGGUCAUGGUGGCACCUCUGCUGCAGGACCACUGGUCGUUGGAACUGUCGCCCUUGCUCUCAGCGUGCGACCAGAUUUAAGCUGGCGAGAUCUCCAAUAUCUAUGUAUCGACACGGCCGUUCCGAUACAUCUUGACGAUGAUGAUUGGCAGGACACAGCCAUAGGGAAGAAGUUCAGCCACACGUUUGGAUAUGGUAAGGUUGAUGCAUAUCGCUUUGUGGAGGCUGCAAAACAAUUCGAAACAGUCAAACCCCAAGCAUGGUUUCAUUCGCCAUGGCUCUCUGUGCAACAUGCCAUUCCACAAGGUGACCAAGGUCUCGUAGCCAGCUAUGAAGUCACAGCGGACAUGCUGCAGCAAGCAAACAUAGAACGACUUGAGCAUGUCACCGUUACUAUGAAUGUCCAGCACGGCAGGAGAGGAGAUCUGAGCGCUGAUCUCAUCAGCCCUAGCGGAGUUGUCAGUCAUAUCGCAACCGCUCGGCGCCCGGACAGUUCUAAGGAUGGUUAUGAUGAUUGGACGUUCAUGUCUGUUGCACACUGGGGCGAAAGCGGUUUUGGAACGUGGACCGUGAUUGUGAAAGACACCAAAGAAAAUGAAUUCAAUGGAACAUUUAUUGACUGGCGACUGAACCUCUGGGGUGAAUCAAUUGACGCCAAGAUUCAAGGGCUGCACCCUCUUCCUGAUGAGCAUGACGAUGAUCAUGAAACGGCGACAGCAGUAGUGAGCACGACCAGCUUUGAGGCAGGAACCCACCCCACGACACUUCCUGCAACCCCCUCCGACCACAUUGAUCGCCCGACCAAACCUAAACCAGGGGCAGACACAACAGAGACGGUGACCACUACCAAUACCAUUGCCAUACCGGUGGCAACCGAGACUUUGGUCUCUGGACCAAGCACUGCCGCAGACUCUGCCGCAGAGGCAACUCAUACAUAUUCUGACAGCUUUCUUCCGGCCUUCUUUCCAACCUUUGGGGUUUCUAAGCGAACACAGAUAUGGAUAUAUGGUUCCCUAGGUCUCAUCAUCGUUUUCUGUGCUGGGUUAGGAGCAUAUUUCAUCGUUCAACGUAGAAAACGACUGAGGAACAACCCUCGGGAUGCAUAUGAAUUUGAGAUGGUGGGAGAUGUUGACGAAGAUGAACAACAGGGAUUGAGAUCCAGAAGCGGCCGCGGUGGCCGAGCGCGACGAGGAGGCGAACUCUAUGAUGCUUUUGCAGGGGAAAGUGAUGAUGAUCUUUAUAGUGAGGAUGAAGCAUACCAGGAUACACCGACCGAAGACACUGGGUCAGGGUCAGGAUCAGAAGGAAGGGAAAAGGCAUAA